AUGGCUUCUUCACCAACGACAAAGUGCAACAAUACCGUAUCACCUUCAUCAUCUACAACCAAUUCUUCAAUUACAGAAACAAAUUCUCCUUUGGUAUCAACCAGAAAUGAAUCCAAUGCUAAUUUACCUUCUUCAGGAUUUUUGGGCAAUUUAAUAUCUACAACAAACUUUAGUACAAGUGAAGAAAUUCUUACCUUAUCACUGUUAUCAUCUUCCACUUUUAAUUCAGAUGCAUCUUCUACUUCACCAAAAACUACAAACUCCUCGCAGACAAAUGUGGCAUUCAUAUCCUUGAAUUCGAUACUGACAGCUAAAGAAAAUAUGGAAUUGUCAACAUCAUCUUCAAUAAAACCUGCCACACCAACCUUGACUAACAAUAUUUUGUCACCUGCAACAACUCCAGUUAGUAGUUAUUGGUCAUCAUCAUCCUCAUUACCUCAUAUCACGGAAACAACAACAGUUCCAAAUAAUUUCUCAAUAACUUCUUUAACUUCUCGUUUAAUCCCAAUAGCAUCAACCAGUAGUAAUUUAUUAAAUACAAUAGACACAACAAUGGCAUCAUCAGCAUUAGACUCCACAACAGAAGUUAGCUUAAGUAGUAAUGCUUUGUCAGCACUUACAAAUACUUUUGUGAAUUCUGUGCCAACUGUUAAUGUGUCUUUUUUAACCAAAAAUACCUCUGCCACUUCUGUCACAUCUAGUAAUUCUACAUUGAGUUCAACAAGUCCUGCCACAACAAAUCUAAUCAAUUUAAACACAAGCACCCCUUUACAAAGGGCAGUUAGCACUACCUUGAUCUUGCCAUCUGCAAAUAUCACUUCUACAGGUUUAACAAAUAACACUGUUUCAUUGUCUUUCACUAAUAGCCAAACAGCAGGAAUACCAAACUCUUUACCAUCCACAUCAUUCACAAGUAUUGUACCUACAACUAGUGAAGCAACUGGUCUUUCAUUAAACUUUUCAAGUACAAUUUCAAGAAUAGCAAACGUACCUGCCACAACUUCUUCAACAACUGCAUUAGACGUUACCAUUUCUGCACUAACCUCUACAACUAAUUUAACAACAGCCACAACUAAUAAUGUUUCAUCAGAAUCUAGCAAUAAUGUUUCUGCAGUAGACACAACAAUGGCAUCAUCAGAUUCAAUCUCAGCAACAGAAGCAAGCAUAAGAAAUAAUGCUUCAUCAGCAGUUACAAACAUUUUUAUGAACUCUUUGCCAACAGUUAAUCUGUCUUUAUUACCUACAACUACUUCUGCCACUCCUCUUACGUCUAGUACUUCUACAUUGACUUCAACAGGUCCUCUCUCAGCAAAUAUAACCAGUCUAACUAUAAGUAAACCUUCAGAAACGACAGUAGACCCUGCCUUGACCUUAACAUCUACAAAUAUCACUUUUACAAAUUUAAUAAAUGUCACAGUUUCAUUACCAUUCGCAAAUACCCAAACAACAGCAAAACCAACCACCGCUUCAUCUUCUGCACUGCUUACAAGUACUCUACCUACAAGUAAGGAAACAAGUUUUUCAGUAAACUCUUCAAGAACUCUUUUAACAACAGCAAAUGUACCAUCCACAAAUUUCUCAACCUUAACAGAUGUUUUCUUCUCUUCACCUGCUUCAAUGACGAGUUCAACAAAAGCCACAACUAAUUCUGUUUUAUCACAAUCUAUAACAAAUUUUAGUACAAGUCAGGGGAUUUUUACCUUCUCACCGUUAUCUUCUUCCAUUCUUAACUCAGGUGUAUCUACAGCUUCACUAAAAACUACAGACUCUCAGCAGACCAAUGCAGAAUUCGCCUCCUUGAAUACCAUGUUGACAGCUACAGAAACUGUUGUGAAGUCAUCAACAUAUUCAAAAACACAUGCUGCAAAUAAUACAUCAUCUAGUAAUAUCCCUGAAAUAUCUAGAGGACCUUUAAAUUUUUCUUCAAUCACAAUGCAGCAUUUUUCAUCAGAUACAUCAAACACGUUGACUGACAAAUCUUUAUUAACUGCAGCAUCAACUAACUUUUCUUCAUCGUUGGCUGGGCAUUUUCCAGUAAGCUUCCCGUCAAAUAUAACAGCAAUAGCACCAAAUAAUUUUUCACUAACUUCUUCAAGUUAUCAUUCAACUCCUACAACGCCAAUCACUACCAAUUUAUUAACAGAAAUAGACACAACAAUAGAGUCACCAGCAUCAGGCUCAGCAACAGACGUGAGUUCAGGAAAAAAUGUGCCAACAAUUACAAAAACUUCUAUAAACUCUGUGGCAACAAUUAAUCUGCAGUUACUACCCACAACUAUCUCUGUCACACCUAUUGUAUCUAGUACUUCCACUCCGAAUUCAACUGGCCUUUCCUUAACAAAUGUAACCAAUCUAACGACAAGUACCCCUUUAGCAAGGACAGUAAACACUAGCAUGAUGUUGCCACCUACAAGUACUAUUUCUACAAGUUUAAUAAAUAACACUAUUUCAUCAUCAUCCACAAAUACGCAAACAACAGCAAUGUCAAACAGUGCUCUGUCUUCCACAACACUUACAAGUAUUGUACCUACAACUAAGGAAACAUCUGGCAUUUCAUUAAUCACUUCAAGUAACAUUUCUACAUGGGGAAAUAUACCACCCACAAAUUCCACAACAACUGUAUCAGGCAUUAUGUUUUCUUCACUAAUCUCUACAUCAGGUUCAACAACAGCCAUAGAUACUAUUGUUUCAUCACAGUAUACAAAUAACAUUGGUGCAAGUAAGAAAUUUGUAACCUUAUCAACAUUACCCUCAUCAUCUAGUCUUAACUCGGAUGUAGACAAUGGAUCAUCUACUCCUUUGCCACAAACUACAGACUCAUUGCUCACAAAUGCAGCAUUCAUGUCCAGGAAUGCCAUGUUGACAGAUGCAGAAACCAGGGCGUUGUUAUUAUCAUCAUCUGGAAGACCACUUGCUGAACCUACCAUGACCAACAGUGUUUCAUCACCUACAAAAAAUACACUUACAACAACUCAACCAAUCACUACUUUAUUGACAUCUAUCAUAUCAUCUGGUAAUAUCUCUGAAAUAUCUACAAGACCUUUAAAUUUAUCUUUAGACACAACAAAACUGUUUCCAUCAGAUGCACACAAUAUAUCAACGAACAAAACUUUAACCAUAGCAUCAACUAACUUUUCUUCCUCAUCUGUCAGAGAUUUCCCAGAAACAACCACAAUGUUACCAUCAGCCACAAGUUCCUUUCCAGUUAGCAAUUACUGGUUAUCAUCUUCCCCAUUACCUCAAAACAUAGGAGCAGCUACAGGUUCAAGUAAUUUUUCAGCAACUUCUUUAACUUCUCACUUAAUCCCUAUAACAUCAACCACUAUCAGUUUAUUAACUGCAGUAGACACAAUUGCAUCAUCAACAGAAACAAGAUUAAAGAAUACUACAUCAGCAAUUACAAACACUUUUUUAAAUUCUUUGCCAACUGUUAAUCUGUCUUUACCACCGACAACUAUAUCUGCUACUCCUAUCAUAUCUAGUACUUCUACAUUGACAUCAACAAAUCUAACCAGUCUAACCACAGAUACUCCUUUAGCAAAGACAGUAAACUCUGUCUUGAUAUUACCACCUACAAAUAUAACUUCUACAAAUUUAGUAAAUAACACAGUUCCAUUGUCAUUCACAAAUACCCAAACAACAGAAAUGCUAAACACUGCUUUACCUACCACAUCUACAGGUUUUACAAAUAACACUGGUUCAUUGUCUUUUACUAAUAGCCAAACAUCAGAGAUACCAAACUCUGCUUUACCUUCAACAUUAUUCACAGCUGUUCUGUCUGCAUUAAACAGAACAACUGUAUUUUCAGGAGACUCUUCAAGAAUUCUUUUAACAACAGUUACUGUACCACUCACAAAUUCUUCAAUUUUAUUAAACUCUGUCUUUUAUUCAGCAACCGCAACAACAGAUUCAACAACAACUACAACUAAUACUAUUUUGUCACAAUCUACAACCAAUUUUAGUACAAGUAAAGGAUUUCCCACAUUACCACUGUUAUCUUCUUCCAUUUUUAACUCAGAUGCCUCUAUUACUUCACCAAAAACAACUGACUCCACACAGACAAAUACGACAUUCAUACCCUUAUUGACAUCUACACAAACCAUUGCGAUGUCAUCAUCACCUGCAAGACCACCUGUUGUUCCUACCACAACUAACAUUAUUUCAUCACCCAUGACAAAUCCUUCUACAACAACUCCACCAAUUAGUGCUUUAUUGACAUCUGUCACAUUAUCUGGUAAUAACUCUGAAAUAUCUACAAGACCUUUGAAUUUUUCUUUAAUCACAACACUUCCUUUUUCACUUGAUACAUCCAAUAUUUCAACAACCAAAACUUUAACUACACCAUCAACCUCAAUGACAUCAGCGGCUACAAGUUCCUUUCCAUUUAGUAGUUUUUGGCCAUCAUCAUCCUCAUUACUUCAAAACAAAGAAGCAGGUACACCUGUAAAUGAUUUUUCAAUAGCUUCUUCAACUUCUCAUUUAAUUCCUAUAACGUCAACCAAUACCAAUUUAUUAACUGCUGUAGACACAGCAAAGGCAUCAUCAACAUCAGACUCACUAACAGAAGCAAGUUUAAGGAAUAAUUCAUCCCCAGCAAUUACAAAAACAUUUGUGAAUUCUGUGCCAACCGUCAAUAUGUCUUUAUUACCCACAACUAUCUCUACAACUCCUGUCACAUCUAGUGCUUCUACACAGAGUUCAACAAGUCCUGUCACAACAAAUUUAACUAAUUUAAACACAAGCACCCCUUUACAAAGGGUAAUAAACACUACUUCGAUCUUACCAUCUACAAAUAUCACUUCUACAGCUUUUACAAAUAACACUGCAUCAUUGUCUUUCACUAAUAGCCAAACAUCAGAGAUACCAAACUCUGCUUUACCUUCAACAUUAUACACAGCUGUUUUGUCUACAAUGAACAGAACAACGGCAUUUCCAGGAAACUCUUCAAGAACUCUUUUAACAACAGCUACUGUACCACUCACAAAUUCUUCAAUUGUAUUAAACUCUGUCUUUUAUUCAGCAACCUCAACAACAGAUUCAACAACAACUACAACUAAUACUAUUUUGUCACAAUCUACAACCAAUUUUAGUACAAAUAAAGGAUUUCCCACAUUACCACUGUUAUCUUCUUCCAUUUUUAACUCAGAUGCCUCCAUUACUUCACCAAAAACAACUGACUCCACACAGACAAAUACGGCAUUCAUACCCUUAUUGACAUCUACACAAACCAUUGCGAUGUCAUCAUCACCUGCAAGACCACCUGUUGUUCCUACCACAACUAACAAUAUUUCAUCACCCAUGACAACUCCUUCUACAACAACUCCACCAAUUAGUGCUUUAUUGACAUCUGUCACAUUAUCAGGUAAUAACUCUGAAAUAUCUACAAGACCUUUAAAUUUUUCUUCAAUCACAAAACUUCCUUUUUCACUUGAUACGUCCAAUAUUUCAAUAACCAAAACUUUAACUACACCAACAACCUCAAUGACAUCAUCGGCUACAAGUUCCUUUCCAUUUAAUAGUUUUUGGCCCUCAUCAUCCUCAUUACUUCAAAACAAAGAAGCAGCUACACCUGUAAAUGAUUUUUCAGUAGCUUCUUCAACUUCUCAUUUAAUUCCUAUAAUGUCAACCAAUACCAAUUUAUUAACUGCAGUAGACACAGCAAAGGCAUCAUCAACAUCAGACUCACUAACAGAAGCAAGUUUAAGGAAUAAUUCAUCCCCAGCAAUUACAAAAACAUUUGUGAAUUCUGUGCCAACCGUCAAUGUGUCUUUAUUACCCACAACUAUCUCUACAACUCCUGUCACAUCUAGUACUUCUACACUGAGUUUAUCAAGUCCUGUCACAACAAAUUUAACCACAAGCACCCCUUUACAAAGGGUAAUAAACACUACUUCGAUCGUACCAUCUACAAAUAUCACUUCUACAGCUUUUACAAAUAACACUGUUUCAUUGUCUUUCACUAAUAGCCAAACAUCAGAGAUACCAAACUCUGCUUUACCUUCAACAUUAUUCACAGCUGUUCUGUCUACAUUAAACAGAACAACGGCAUUUCCAGGAAACUCUUCAACAUCUCUUUUAACAACAGUUACUGUACCACUCACAAAUUCUUCAAUUGUAUUAAACUCUGUCUUUUAUUCAGCAACCUCAACAAAAGAUUCAACAACAACUACAACUAAUACUAUUUUGUCACAAUCUACAACCAAUUUUAGUACAAGUAAAGGAUUUCCCACAUUACCACUGUUAUCUUCUUCCAUUUUUAACUCAGAUGCCUCUAUUACUUCACCAAAAACAACUGACUCCACACAGACAAAUACGGCAUUCAUACCCUUAUUGACAUCUACACAAACCAUUGCGAUGUCAUCAUCACCUACAAGACCACCUGUUGUUCCUACCACAACCAACAUUAUUUCAUCACCCAUGACAACUCCUUCUACAACAACUCCACCAAUUAGUGCUUUAUUGACAUCUGUCACAUUAUCUGGUAAUAACUCUGAAAUAUCUACAAGACCUUUAAAUUUUUCUUCAAUUACAACACUUCCUUUUUCACUUGAUACGUCCAAUAUUUCAACAACCAAAACUUUAACUACACCGUCUACCUCAAAGACAUCAGCGGCUACAAGUUCCUUUCCAUUUAGUAGUUUUUGGCCAUCAUCAUCCUCAUUACUUCAAAACAAAGAAGCAGCUACACCUGUAAAUGAUUUCUCAGUAGCUUCUUCAACUUCUCAUUUAAUUCCUAUAACGUCAACCAAUACCAAUUUAUUAACUGCAGUAGACACAGCAAAGGCAUCAUCAACAUCAGACUCACUAACAGAAGCAAGUUUAAGGAAUAAUUCAUCCCCAGCAAUUACAAAAACAUUUGUGAAUACUGUGCCAACCGUCAAUAUGUCUUUAUUACCCACAACUAUCUCUACAACUCCUGUCACAUCUAGUGCUUCUACACAGAGUUCAACAAGUCCUGUCACAACAAAUUUAACUAAUAUAACCACAAGCACCCCUUUACAAAGGGUAAUAAACACUACUUCAAUCUUACCAUCUACAAAUAUCACUUCUACAGCUUUUACAAAUAACACUGCAUCAUUGUCUUUCACUAAUAGCCAAACAUCAGAGAUACCAAACUCUGCUUUAACUUCAACAUUAUUCACAGCUGUUUUGUCUACAAUGAACAGAACAACGGCAUUUCCAGGAAACUCUUCAAGAACUCUUUUAACAACAGCUACUGUACCACUCACAAAUUCUUCAAUUGUAUUAAACUCUGUCUUUUAUUCAGCAACCUCAACAACAGAUUCAACAACAACUACAACUAAUACUAUUUUGUCACAAUCUACAACCAAUUUUAGUACAAAUAAAGGAUUUCCCACAUUACCACUGUUAUCUUCUUCCAUUUUUAACUCAGAUGCCUCCAUUACUUCACCAAAAACAACUGACUCCACACAGACAAAUACGGCAUUCAUACCCUUAUUGACAUCUACACAAACCAUUGCGAUGUCAUCAUCACCUGCAAGACCACCUGUUGUUCCUACCACAACUAACAAUAUUUCAUCACCCAUGACAACUCCUUCUACAACAACUCCACCAAUCAGUGCUUUAUUGACAUCUGUCACAUUAUCUGGUAAUAACUCUGAAAUAUCUACAAGACCUUUAAAUUUUUCUUCAAUCACAAAACUUCCUUUUUCACUUGAUACGUCCAAUAUUUCAAUAACCAAAACUUUAACUACACCAACAACCUCAAUGACAUCAUCGGCUACAAGUUCCUUUCCAUUUAGUAGUUUUUGGCCCUCAUCAUCCUCAUUACUUCAAAACAAAGAAGCAGCUACACCUGUAAAUGAUUUUUCAGUAGCUUCUUCAACUUCUCAUUUAAUUCCUAUAAUGUCAACCAAUACCAAUUUAUUAACUGCUGUAGACACAGCAAAGGCAUCAUCAACAUCAGACUCACUAACAGAAGCAAGUUUAAGGAAUAAUUCAUCCCCAGCAAUUACAAAAACAUUUGUGAAUUCUGUGCCAACCGUCAAUGUGUCUUUAUUACCCACAACUAUCUCUACAACUCCUGUCACAUCUAGUACUUCUACACUGAGUUUAUCAAGUCCUGUCACAACAAAUUUAACCACAAGCACCCCUUUACAAAGGGUAAUAAACACUACUUCGAUCGUACCAUCUACAAAUAUCACUUCUACAGCUUUUACAAAUAACACUGUUUCAUUGUCUUUCACUAAUAGCCAAACAUCAGAGAUACCAAACUCUGCUUUACCUUCAACAUUAUUCACAGUUGUUCUGUCUACAUUAAACAGAACAACGGCAUUUCCAGGAAACUCUUCAACAUCUCUUUUAACAACAGUUACUGUACCACUCACAAAUUCUUCAAUUGUAUUAAACUCUGUCUUUUAUUCAGCAACCUCAACAACAGAUUCAACAACAACUACAACUAAUACUAUUUUGUCACAAUCUACAACCAAUUUUAGUACAAGUAAAGGAUUUCCCACAUUACCACUGUUAUCUUCUUCCAUUUUUAACUCAGAUGCCUCUAUUACUUCACCAAAAACAACUGACUCCACACAGACAAAUACGGCAUUCAUACCCUUAUUGACAUCUACACAAACCAUUGCGAUGUCAUCAUCACCUACAAGACCACCUGUUGUUCCUACCACAACCAACAUUAUUUCAUCACCCAUGACAACUCCUUCUACAACAACUCCACCAAUUAGUGCUUUAUUGACAUCUGUCACAUUAUCUGGUAAUAACUCUGAAAUAUCUACAAGACCUUUAAAUUUUUCUUCAAUUACAACACUUCCUUUUUCACUUGAUACGUCCAAUAUUUCAACAACCAAAACUUUAACUACACCGUCUACCUCAAAGACAUCAGCGGCUACAAGUUCCUUUCCAUUUAGUAAUUUUUGGCCCUCAUCAUCCUCAUUACUUCAAAACAAAGAAGCAGCUACACCUGUAAAUGAUUUCUCAGUAGCUUCUUCAACUUCUCAUUUAAUUCCUAUAACGUCAACCAAUACCAAUUUAUUAACUGCAGUAGACACAGCAAAGGCAUCAUCAACAUCAGACUCACUAACAGAAGCAAGUUUAAGGAAUAAUUCAUCCCCAGCAAUUACAAAAACAUUUGUGAAUUCUGUGCCAACCGUCAAUAUGUCUUUAUUACCCACAACUAUCUCUACAACUCCUGUCACAUCUAGUGCUUCUACACAGAGUUCAACAAGUCCUGUCACAACAAAUUUAACUAAUAUAACCACAAGCACCCCUUUACAAAGGGUAAUAAACACUACUUCGAUCUUACCAUCUACAAAUAUCACUUCUACAGCUUUUACAAAUAACACUGCAUCAUUGUCUUUCACUAAUAGCCAAACAUCACAGAUACCAAACUCUGCUUUACCUUCAACAUUAUUCACAGCUGUUUUGUCUACAAUGAACAGAACAACGGCAUUUCCAGGAAAAUCUUCAAGAACUCUUUUAACAACAGCUACUGUACCACUCACAAAUUCUUCAAUUGUAUUAAACUCUGACUUUUAUUCAGCAACCUCAACAAAAGAUUCAACAACAACUACAACUAAUACUAUUUUGUCACAAUCUACAACCAAUUUUAGUACAAGUAAAGGAUUUCCCACAUUACCACUGUUUUCUUCUUCCAUUUUUAACUCAGAUGCCUCUAUUACUUCACCAAAAACAACUGACUCCACACAGACAAAUACGACAUUCAUACCCUUAUUGACAUCUACACAAACCAUUGCGAUGUCAUCAUCACCUGCAAGACCACCUGUUGUUCCUACCACAACUAACAUUAUUUCAUCACCCAUGACAAAUCCUUCUACAACAACUCCACCAAUUAGUGCUUUAUUGACAUCUGUCACAUUAUCUGGUAAUAACUCUGAAAUAUCUACAAGACCUUUGAAUUUUUCUUUAAUCACAACACUUCCUUUUUCACUUGAUACAUCCAAUAUUUCAACAACCAAAACUUUAACUACACCAUCAACCUCAAUGACAUCAGCGGCUACAAGUUCCUUUCCAUUUAGUAGUUUUUGGCCAUCAUCAUCCUCAUUACUUCAAAACAAAGAAGCAGGUACACCUGUAAAUGAUUUUUCAAUAGCUUCUUCAACUUCUCAUUUAAUUCCUAUAACGUCAACCAAUACCAAUUUAUUAACUGCAGUAGACACAGCAAAGGCAUCAUCAACAUCAGACUCACUAACAGAAGUAAGUUUAAGGAAUAAUUCAUCCCCAGCAAUUACAAAAACAUUUGUGAAUUCUGUGCCAACCGUCAAUAUGUCUUUAUUACCCACAACUAUCUCUACAACUCCUGUCACAUCUAGUGCUUCUACACAGAGUUCAACAAGUCCUGUCACAACAAAUUUAAUUAAUUUAAACACAAGCACCCCUUUACAAAGGGUAAUAAACACUACUUCGAUCUUACCAUCUACAAAUAUCACUUCUACAGCUUUUACAAAUAACACUGCAUCAUUGUCUUUCACUAAUAGCCAAACAUCAGAGAUACCAAACUCUGCUUUACCUUCAACAUUAUUCACAGCUGUUUUGUCUACAAUGAACAGAACAACGGCAUUUCCAGGAAACUCUUCAAGAACUCUUUUAACAACAGCUACUGUACCACUCACAAAUUCUUCAAUUGUAUUAAACUCUGUCUUUUAUUCAGCAACCUCAACAACAGAUUCAACAACAACUACAACUAAUACUAUUUUGUCACAAUCUACAACCAAUUUUAGUACAAAUAAAGGAUUUCCCACAUUACCACUGUUAUCUUCUUCCAUUUUUAACUCAGAUGCCUCCAUUACUUCACCAAAAACAACUGACUCCACACAGACAAAUACGGCAUUCAUACCCUUAUUGACAUCUACACAAACCAUUGCGAUGUCAUCAUCACCUGCAAGACCACCUGUUGUUCCUACCACAACUAACAAUAUUUCAUCACCCAUGACAACUCCUUCUACAACAACUCCACCAAUUAGUGCUUUAUUGACAUCUGUCACAUUAUCUGGUAAUAACUCUGAAAUAUCUACAAGACCUUUAAAUUUUUCUUCAAUCACAAAACUUCCUUUUUCACUUGAUACGUCCAAUAUUUCAAUAACCAAAACUUUAACUACACCAACAACCUCAAUGACAUCAUCGGCUACAAGUUCCUUUCCAUUUAGUAGUUUUUGGCCCUCAUCAUCCUCAUUACUUCAAAACAAAGAAGCAGCUACACCUGUAAAUGAUUUUUCAGUAGCUUCUUCAACUUCUCAUUUAAUUCCUAUAAUGUCAACCAAUACCAAUUUAUUAACUGCUGUAGACACAGCAAAGGCAUCAUCAACAUCAGACUCACUAACAGAAGCAAGUUUAAGGAAUAAUUCAUCCCCAGCAAUUACAAAAACAUUUGUGAAUUCUGUGCCAACCGUCAAUGUGUCUUUAUUACCCACAACUAUCUCUACAACUCCUGUCACAUCUAGUACUUCUACACUGAGUUUAUCAAGUCCUGUCACAACAAAUUUAACCACAAGCACCCCUUUACAAAGGGUAAUAAACACUACUUCGAUCGUACCAUCUACAAAUAUCACUUCUACAGCUUUUACAAAUAACACUGUUUCAUUGUCUUUCACUAAUAGCCAAACAUCAGAGAUACCAAACUCUGCUUUACCUUCAACAUUAUUCACAGCUGUUCUGUCUACAUUAAACAGAACAACGGCAUUUCCAGGAAACUCUUCAACAUCUCUUUUAACAACAGUUACUGUACCACUCACAAAUUCUUCAAUUGUAUUAAACUCUGUCUUUUAUUCAGCAACCUCAACAACAGAUUCAACAACAACUACAACUAAUACUAUUUUGUCACAAUCUUCAACCAAUUUUAGUACAAGUAAAGGAUUUCCCACAUUACCACUGUUAUCUUCUUCCAUUUUUAACUCAGAUGCCUCUAUUACUUCACCAAAAACAACUGACUCCACACAGACAAAUACGGCAUUCAUACCCUUAUUGACAUCUACACAAACCAUUGCGAUGUCAUCAUCACCUACAAGACCACCUGUUGUUCCUACCACAACUAACAUUAUUUCAUCACCCAUGACAACUCCUUCUACAACAACUCCACCAAUUAGUGCUUUAUUGACAUCUGUCACAUUAUCUGGUAAUAACUCUGAAAUAUCUACAAGACCUUUAAAUUUUUCUUCAAUUACAACACUUCCUUUUUCACUUGAUACGUCCAAUAUUUCAACAACCAAAACUUUAACUACACCGUCUACCUCAAAGACAUCAGCGGCUACAAGUUCCUUUCCAUUUAGUAGUUUUUGGCCAUCAUCAUCCUCAUUACUUCAAAACAAAGAAGCAGCUACACCUGUAAAUGAUUUCUCAGUAGCUUCUUCAACUUCUCAUUUAAUUCCUAUAACGUCAACCAAUACCAAUUUAUUAACUGCAGUAGACACAGCAAAGGCAUCAUCAACAUCAGACUCACUAACAGAAGCAAGUUUAAGGAAUAAUUCAUCCCCAGCAAUUACAAAAACAUUUGUGAAUUCUGUGCCAACCGUCAAUGUGUCUUUAUUACCCACAACUAUCUCUACAACUCCUGUCACAUCUAGUACUUCUACACUGAGUUUAUCAAGUCCUGUCACAACAAAUUUAACCACAAGCACCCCUUUACAAAGGGUAAUAAACACUACUUCGAUCGUACCAUCUACAAAUAUCACUUCUACAGCUUUUACAAAUAACACUGUUUCAUUGUCUUUCACUAAUAGCCAAACAUCAGAGAUACCAAACUCUGCUUUACCUUCAACAUUAUUCACAGCUGUUCUGUCUACAUUAAACAGAACAACGGCAUUUCCAGGAAACUCUUCAACAUCUCUUUUAACAACAGUUACUGUACCACUCACAAAUUCUUCAAUUGUAUUAAACUCUGUCUUUUAUUCAGCAACCUCAACAACAGAUUCAACAACAACUACAACUAAUACUAUUUUGUCACAAUCUACAACCAAUUUUAGUACAAGUAAAGGAUUUCCCACAUUACCACUGUUAUCUUCUUCCAUUUUUAACUCAGAUGCCUCUAUUACUUCACCAAAAACAACUGACUCCACACAGACAAAUACGGCAUUCAUACCCUUAUUGACAUCUACACAAACCAUUGCGAUGUCAUCAUCACCUACAAGACCACCUGUUGUUCCUACCACAACUAACAUUAUUUCAUCACCCAUGACAACUCCUUCUACAACAACUCCACCAAUUAGUGCUUUAUUGACAUCUGUCACAUUAUCUGGUAAUAACUCUGAAAUAUCUACAAGACCUUUAAAUUUUUCUUCAAUUACAACACUUCCUUUUUCACUUGAUACGUCCAAUAUUUCAACAACCAAAACUUUAACUACACCGUCUACCUCAAAGACAUCAGCGGCUACAAGUUCCUUUCCAUUUAGUAGUUUUUGGCCAUCAUCAUCCUCAUUACUUCAAAACAAAGAAGCAGCUACACCUGUAAAUGAUUUCUCAGUAGCUUCUUCAACUUCUCAUUUAAUUCCUAUAACGUCAACCAAUACCAAUUUAUUAACUGCAGUAGACACAGCAAAGGCAUCAUCAACAUCAGACUCACUAACAGAAGCAAGUUUAAGGAAUAAUUCAUCCCCAGCAAUUACAAAAACAUUUGUGAAUUCUGUGCCAACCGUCAAUAUGUCUUUAUUACCCACAACUAUCUCUACAACUCCUGUCAUAUCUAGUGCUUCUACACAGAGUUCAACAAGUCCUGUCACAACAAAUUUAACUAAUUUAAACACAAGCACCCCUUUACAAAGGGUAAUAAACACUACUUCGAUCUUACCAUCUACAAAUAUCACUUCUACAGCUUUUACAAAUAACACUGCAUCAUUGUCUUUCACUAAUAGCCAAACAUCAGAGAUACCAAACUCUGCUUUACCUUCAACAUUAUUCACAGCUGUUUUGUCUACAAUGAACAGAACAACGGCAUUUCCAGGAAACUCUUCAAGAACUCUUUUAACAACAGCUACUGUACCACUCACAAAUUCUUCAAUUGUAUUAAACUCUGUCUUUUAUUCAGCAACCUCAACAACAGAUUCAACAACAACUACAACUAAUACUAUUUUGUCACAAUCUACAACCAAUUUUAGUACAAAUAAAGGAUUUCCCACAUUACCACUGUUAUCUUCUUCCAUUUUUAACUCAGAUGCCUCCAUUACUUCACCAAAAACAACUGACUCCACACAGACAAAUACGGCAUUCAUACCCUUAUUGACAUCUACACAAACCAUUGCGAUGUCAUCAUCACCUGCAAGACCACCUGUUGUUCCUACCACAACUAACAAUAUUUCAUCACCCAUGACAACUCCUUCUACAACAACUCCACCAAUUAGUGCUUUAUUGACAUCUGUCACAUUAUCUGGUAAUAACUCUGAAAUAUCUACAAGACCUUUAAAUUUUUCUUCAAUCACAACACUUCCUUUUUCACUUGAUACGUCCAAUAUUUCAACAACCAAAACUUUAACUACACCAACAACCUCAAUGACAUCAUCGGCUACAAGUUCCUUUCCAUUUAGUAGUUUUUGGCCAUCAUCAUCCUCAUUACUUCAAAACAAAGAAGCAGCUACACCUGUAAAUGAUUUUUCAGUAGCUUCUUCAACUUCUCAUUUAAUUCCUAUAACGUCAACCAAUACCAGUUUAUUAACUGCAGUAGACACAGCAAAGGCAUCAUCAACAUCAGACUCACUAACAGAAGCAAGUUUAAGGAAUAAUUCAUCCCCAGCAAUUACAAAAACAUUUGUGAAUUCUGUGCCAACCGUCAAUGUGUCUUUAUUACCCACAACUAUCUCUACAACUCCUGUCACAUCUAGUGCUUCUACACAGAGUUCAACAAGUCCUGUCACAACAAAUUUAACUAAUUUAACCACAAGCACCCCUUUACAAAGGGUAAUAAACACUACUUCGAUCUUACCAUCUACAAAUAUCACUUCUACAGCUUUUACAAAUAACACUGCAUCAUUGUCUUUCACUAAUAGCCAAACAUCAGAGAUACCAAACUCUGCUUUACCUUCAACAUUAUUCACAGCUAUUUUGUCUACAAUGAACAGAACAACGGCAUUUCCAGGAAACUCUUCAAGAACUCUUUUAACAACAGCUACUGUACCACUCACAAAUUCUUCAAUUUACAAGUAA